CCACAGGUGGGGGAGGGGAAGGGUGCCCUUCUGUCUGUUGAGUGUGGUCCACCCAGGCAGCCAGAUCUGAGGCCAUGGCAACCCAGCAAGUGGACAGCAGAAGGCAGGUGGCAGCAGAGCAGGUGGCAGCCCAGCUGCUUGAACGGAGAAGGGGCAGCCACUGUGAUGACGAGAAGCAGGUGAGGCCAGGCCAGACGCUGUUGGCAUUGCUGAUCUUGGUGCUGUACUUGAGCACGGAGAUAUGGGGAAGCAGUUGGGAGGUGUCAGAAAGGAUCAGAGAAUGUAACUACUACCAGAAUCUUGCAGUUCCCCAGGGGCUUGAAUAUCAGACCGACGAGCCCUCAGAAGAACCGAUAAAGACCAUCAGGAACUGGCUGAAGGAGAAGUUGCAUGUCUUCUCGGAGAAGUUAGAGGAAGAAGUGCAGCAGCUGGAGCAGCUAGCGUGGGACCUUGAACUGUGGCUGGAUGCUCUUCUGGGAGAGCCGCACCAGGAGGAGCACUGCUCCACGUGGGGGUGGGCCUGGGGCCUGGGGAGAGAGCACAAAGGUGGGGAGGGGUUGCCAGGGAUUUCUCUAAGCAGGGCAGAGCUCUGACUCUUGAAGUUCCAGUCAGGCAAGAAAAUAAAGUAGUUGGGAAAUGAA